AUGGAAGCCCCACCUACGCCGGCGGAGCGACCGCAACACUUCAGAAUCAGUCAACAUCACAACCCCCGCCCUUACGGUGGAGGCGAGGGCGGCGGUUCGGUUGAAUUGGCGAAAGAUGACAAUAACGUCAAAGAAGACAGGUGCGGGGCGGAGCUUCGGGCUCAACUGGAUUUUAACCUAACUUCACUGUGUGACCACAUCCAGUUGGAGGGAUUCAAUAAUGGCUCAUUCUCCGAUGUCGUCGUACACUCCAUGGGAUCAGUCUACCACCUCCAUCGCCUCAUCCUCUCCCGAAGCUCUUACUUCCGAAACAUGCUUCAGGGCCCUUGGAAAGAAGCCAAUGCUCCUGUUCUGACCUUGCACGUGGAUGAUAACAAUGUAGAUGGGGAUUCAAUGGCUACAGCUUUGGCAUAUCUCUAUGGACACCACCCUAAGCUUGACGAGAAUAAUGCAUUUCGAGUUCUAGCUGUUGCAUCUUUUCUUGAUCUUCAGGAUUUAUGCGCAAUUUGCACGGAUUUCAUCAUAUCUGAAUUAUGGACUUCAAACUUCUUAGCAUAUCAGGUUUUUGCUGAGAACCAAGAUUAUGGUAUACAUGGAGAGCGAGUUAGAAAUGCUUGCUGGGGAUACCUCUGUCAAAGUGGUGCCAGGGAAUUAAAAGAGGUGCUUCCAAAACUUUCUCCUCAAACAUUACAUGCUUUGCUCACCUCAGAUGAAUUAUGGGUGCCUAGUGAAGAGAAACGGUUUGAGCUGGCAUUAUGCAUUCUUCUUGCAAAAGGUACCCUUUGCAAGGCAGAACACCAUGAGCAAGGAAGUUCAAAUUCUGAUGCGGCAACAAGUAUUCAUUCCGAUUCUUAUAUAAAGAAGGGAAAAGUUGAUGGGAGCGCUAAAGACAUGCUGGAAUCUGAAGGGUUAAGAAAAUUGAAAGAUGAAGCUGAAAGCCAGUAUACUGCUCAUAAUAUCUUGGUUGAGCUUGUGGACUGUGUUGUGGAUUCCCAUUCUGAUGUUGCCAACUGUAAGCAACAGGUGCAAAAGUCAGCAUGCAGUCAAUCAAACUUGGAGUCAAGAUACCAAAUCAGCACUGAACGACCUUCAGCAAGUAACAGAGCAUACGCGGAUGAAGUUAGCACCUCAUGUUCUUAUCUAAAUAUGCCAAUUGGCGGUGGAAUGAGUGGAUCGAUGGGCAAUGGUGUAACCAUGGAAGGGCCAUCUGAUGAAGAUUCAAGCUACCAAUUGAACAACUGUUGGCCUCCAGGAGAUCAAAUUCGCUGCAUGUCUAUGAACUCUUCCUGUAAUAUGCUGAUACCCAAUGAAUGGGGAAGAUGCAACAUGCAGCCUCUGUCAUGGGGUGGUAGGAUUGUGGGUCGAAGAGAGGUGAAAACUUGUCUAAAACGGCAAUGUGGGGUGAGCAGGGAAGAUUAUGAUGCUUUUGUGAACAUUUUUGAAGGCGGCUCUCUUUUAUAUUGUAACAUGUCCUUUGAGGCGCUCUUGAAUGUGAGAAAACGACUUGAAGAAAUAGGUUUCCCUUGCAAAGCUGUGAACGAUGGUUUGUGGUUGCAGAUGCUCUUAAGCCAGCGGGUGCAAGAAAUUGGUGGAGAUACGUGCAAAAAUUGCUGGCUUAGGAGUAUGGCAUGCACGUGUAGACAGCCAUUUGGAUAUUCACGUGGAGUUACUGCAAGUGGAUACUACACACAAGAGCACGACCACAGUAAUUUAUCCAACGAUGUAGGUCAUGUGUAUGUAACUAAUUCUGCCCAAGGAGAAAGAAAUGGCCCUUUUAGGCCCGUAAGGGUACAUGUCAGGGGGCCUAAUGAUGGGCUAGCUGGUAUUGGACGUGGAACUACAUUUGUGCCUGCAGCUGCUUGGCCUCCAACGCGUUACGUCUUUUCUCGUGUACCAUUUGGUAUGGGCAACCGGCACAGUCAGCAAUCUCUUGGCAAUGAUGACCCAGAGAAUAGAGGUGACAACAAUGGGGACUUUGCUGGUGAUGGCUUGACGGCUUUGGUUGGGCUCAGUCAGGGAGCAAAUAAUGCAUCUAGCAUUCUAGGGGAGCAAACGGAACGAGAGUACGAGACAGAUCAGCAAAGAAGACUGUCAGGAUCCUUGGUAAGUGGGCAAAGUACGGGUGGUAUUCCUGUGCAAAUGAUGGACUCAUCUGAGCAUGCCAUUGGAAUUGAGUGGGAGAAUGCUAAUAGUUCUAUAUCAUUAGAUCUGAAGACGCCGUUGAGUCACUUCCCUCCUUUCCGAUUUGCGGUUGAGUUUCAGGAUGUGCACAGGCUCAGUGAUGGCCAAGUUAAGCACUCUCCAGAAGUAUUUUAUGCUGGUUCCUUGUGGAAGGUUAGUGUUCACGCUUUUAGUGAUGAAGAUCCUCAAGGACGCCGUACUCUUGGUCUGUUUCUCCACAGGAGGAAGGCAGAGAUCAGUGAUCCACUUAGAAAGGCCCAUAUGUAUGUGGAUUCUCGUGAGAAGGUUACCGCUAGAUAUCAGUUGAUCUGUCCAUCGAAAAGAGAAGUAAUGGUCUUUGUUAUUCGACGAGCUUGGGGAUCUUCUCCAAGACGGGGCCUUGCGAAUAGCUGCUGUUGUGCAACUUAUUUGAUGCUUCAUGAGACGGUAUUAGGGUGA